ACAGGUGAAACAUAAUAGAGAGGACAUUCAGACCCUUCUUUUUAACGUCAAAUUCUCACAUGAACUGUUUCAGUCAAUUGAUCUCUUCUGUUUAGGAAUUAUAUACAUUUAUAGGUGUCGCCACAUCGUUUACACUUUACAGUCUCUUUUCCUGUCUUCCUCAAACUUCCCACCUUUCUGUUUACUCCCUGCACCUGUUUUGAGUCCUCUAGAGAAUAUCAAGCGUGUGUGUGUGUGUGUGUGUGUGUGUGGGAGGGAAGAGGGAGGAAGGCGGAGUUGUGUUUUGAACUUUUAUGGGUUUGUGGAGAAACCUGCCUGUCUGCUUUCAGAGAGGAGAGGUGGAGCCUGUGGGGUGUGGGACUCCACAGACAAAGGAGACAUAAAUACACUGACACUGGAAGACUGGAGAAGAGGAGAGAAAAAGAGAAUGAGAUGACUGUGUAGCUUCAUUUUAAACAACGAGAUAAUCGUCAAUCCCUGGGCUCCUUCAGGAAACUUGGUGAAAAGGGAUCUGUGUGCGUGUGUGUGCGUGUGUGUGCGUGUGUGUGUGUCAGCUGCAUGGGCUCAAAUGUGAUCUUGGGUUGACAUAUAUUCCCCAUGGUGUGCAGGAGUGUGUGGGUUAGUGUUUGUGAUGGAAGAGUGGGACUGGUGCAACCAACAGCUCUGCUCUUAGCUUUAUGUCAUGGGGGGUUGCCAUAGUUACCCCUCAUCUACAAAGGUAGACUCCAAGACUCCUAGGGACAUCAACAAUGAGAAACUGGGAAUCAAUAACAAUAAUCAGGAGGUGCAGCCAUAUCUGCAGCAGCAAAAUGUGUGCCACAGUCUCCCAAACAUAGAUGUAUUAGCCCUCGCCAAGCUGCCGCCUGGCGUCGACAAAUCAGAGUGGCUUGCCAGCAACACCGUGGCUUUCUUCAAGCACAUAAACUUGUUCUCCAGUGCGCUGUCAGAGUUCUGCACACCCAGCACUUGCCCAACGGCCUGUGGACCAGAAAACACAGUUUACUUUUGGAAUGAUGACCAGGGCAGGAAGUUGAAAUGCUCCGCUCCUCUUUACUUUGACUAUGCCAUGUCAUACAUUCAGGAGCUACUGACUGAUGAAGAGGUGUUCCCCACAAAAGCAGGCACAAAAUUCCCAAAUGGGUUUGUCUUCAUGGUCCAGAAGGUCUUUCAGCUUUUGUUCAGGACUCUGGCUCAUAUUUACUGGUCUCACUACACCGAGACACUUGCGCUUGGCCUGCACCCGCACCUGAACACACUUUUCCUACACCUGACACAUUUCUGUCAGCAGCAUGCACUUCUGGAUCCUGAAGACACUGAGCCGCUGCAGGACCUCAUAGCUGCUCUGGAGCAGCACAGCAGAGCUCCGAAAGCAAAUGCAGACCUUAACAAAUCAAAUUGAUCACGUAGAUCAUAUUUAUUUAAGCAGUUUAUGUCACCUGUAAAUAGGGCUGCACAAUAUAUCGAAAAAUUAUCGUCAUCGCGAUAACAGGACGUGCGAUAGGCCCAUCGCAAAGCACGUCAAAAACGGCGAUAAAUGUUUGGUUCAAACAUUUCCAUCCGUGUCAUACAUCAACUUUUUGUAAACCAGCUCUUUUUUUUACACGGAAGUAUUAUUUGACCAAUCAAAUGUAGCCCUUCUGAUAUGCGGCCAAUCAGAUGUGUCCGUUCACGUAAUACGCCCGCCCCCUACGUAGACCCUUACCCCAAAAUUCCACUAUCUCCGCUCCGCCCCCGCUUUCCGCUGCCGCUCGCUUCCCUUGUUCGUCAUGCUGGCUCAGAUUAACGAACGCACUUUGUGCUGAGGUUUCUGGAAUCAGCGCUGCUUUCAAACGUGAACGUGAGUCCGCUCGGUGUCGUUAAGCAGCUGAUCGUAACCGGGCUGACUCCGACACGUGCCGGUGAACCAACCCACCGUUAGCCCCAGGCUCCGGUUAGCUUCCAGCUAAAAGGCUACAGCACUCUCCUCCCAGUCCCACCCUGCUAAAGAGGGCCUGGAAAAGUUCCCCCACACAUCAAAGUGAUUUUUCAUUUAUGAGCUUUUAUAACCUUGUUAAUCAGGAUAGUUGAUUUGCUGCUGCACAUAAACUGUCAGUCAGAAGCUCUGCUAGCCGGUUAUCUUAAGAGGAGCUAGUUCAAUUUGUUAGCUUGUUAUCAGAAUCAUAGUUGCAGUUUCAUCAUCUGAGCUGCUUUUUAAGAUCUAGGUAAACUUGUUCAAUUCGGGGUUAGAAACAAACGUUUUCACAUAUUUUCCAUGUAGUUUUUUUGCCAGUUCCUCUUCUGAAAGGUAGACAAUUGUUUUUCUCUUUCCCUCAGAAAAUCUUAAUACUCUCCUAGUUUGGCCCAGCACAGUUCACUUCCCAAUAGCAGCAACAGCCUUAUAUCAUAACCACAUAAGUGGAGAAAUUCUCAGUAGCAAUGAGAGAAUUUGCUGUUGCCUUUAAGGAUGUUAACUAUUAUUUAACAUUUAAACUUGUUUUCAGAUAUUUUUAUUUAUUCAAAAAACCCUGGUAAGGGAUGUUUUUCUGUAUUUGGAGCAUCAGAAAAAGUUUUAUGGUGGAGGUGAUGUUUUAAAGUCACUGAGAAACUGCAUGCAUGCAGGUUGUUGUUUUGCUGCUAAUACAGUAGCAGGUGCAGCUGCUUAUUUUUGCAAUAAAAAUGUUAUGUUGUAAUGGAAUUCAUGCAUUAGUUUUUGUUUGCUUUGAACCCAGAGCAGACCAGGGGUGGAUUUAGGACUGAAGAAGAUCCGGGGCUUAACACACACACACACACACACACACACACACACACACACACACACACACACACACACACACACACACACACACGCACACACACGAGUGACACGCACUAGUCAACAUCAUAUUUGUCUUGUACCACAUAAUUUUUAAUCUGAAGCUACAUAUUAAGCAUUUUCAGGGCAGAGUAUUGUUCCUGUUAGUGUUUAGUGUGAGAUGAUGAUGGUAAAUAUUCCCUUUCUUUCUCCAUCAAAUUUACCUGAUAGUAAGCUAACUUUAGGCAAACCAGCAGCACAACAAAUAUUUUCAAAUAAGACUCACAAACCUGAGUCAACACCAGUCUCAUCAAAGCUGGGGUUCUGUCGUUGUACUUUUUGUCUAAAAAAACGUCCUUAUGUCCAUCUUCACUCAUGCGUUUCAGGCAGAGACUGCAGAAGAAGCCGGCUGCUGAAGGGCUUCUUCUUCAGUGGUGGAGGCUCAGGCAGGCUGUAUACAAACUGCUGCCAGCUGCUCCCUCUCUGUUGGACUUUGGUACUGCAUGUUACUUCCGCAAUUUAGAUCCGGGGCUUUUCAUGAAACAUCCGGGGCUUCAGCCCAAGUAGCCGGGCCUAACGCCGCCCCUGGAGCAGACAUCACACGCCAGACGACAUCAACACUGCAUACUUUAGUAUUUAUUCAUUUAUCGUGAGUAAUAUCGAUAUUGCAAUAUUAAGCACUGUUAUCGAAUAUUGCAGGUUUUCCUAAUAUCGUGCAGCCCUACCCAUAAAGGUGAAACUACCACAGAUUGCCUUUUUAUGUCAUUAAAUGUGUAAUUUUGCUUAUUAAACUUAUAUUCUGACAUAAUUAAGCACAAUUAAAAUGUUUAUUCAGAUUUUUAAGGGGACCCCCCCAAAAAAAAUUUUUUAAAUAAAAAAAUACUGUGCCAUGACGAUUCUGGAAAUCUGCAAACCUCAAACUGGAGAGAUACAAAUCGUGUGAGAUUAUGUUUGCAUAAGAACGCCCCAGUCUAUGUCUCUGCUGCAUGAUGAUUGCCUGUAACAUACCUACAUGACUGAGUGCUUUUUUUAUUUCAUUUUUUUAUAUUUUGGCAAAGUACUUUUCUGCAUUUUAUAUUUUGCUUUAGCUGUGCGAGGCUCACCUUUACCUUCUGGUUCUUGUUUACUGUAAUGCAUUCCCUUCAAUUCCUGUUUUUUAUGUUGCUUCAGAAACCUCUGAAUUAUUUUUUUAAUGCCUUACAACUAAUUUAUUACCAAGAGGAAGUUCCUCCACAAAUUUAAUCUCUGAAAUCUUUUGUUUCACUUAAAAGAAUUGUUUUGAAGCAGCUUCCAAAGAAAAAUGUUCUUUGGAGUACAAAAUGUAAUGCUUAUGGCUCCUUUUUAGUGCACCUGCAAUAAAAUAAAAUAAAAUACAAAAGAAGCAUAAUUUUCUGUCUCAAAAUAACAAGAUACAGGAGUUUGUCUGUGCACACGUUUUAGUUUGAAAAACAGCUCUAAGUUUUCCGCUUCCUCUGCAGAUUAGGAAAGUUAACUUUAUUUAUUUAUUAGAGUUCUUUAAAUAUCUGUUAGGAUGAAAAAAUCAACUAAAAAGCCAAACUGAACUGAAAUCCAAAAACUCAAAACAAUUUACUUUGGUUGAAAUAUCCACCUAUUUCUGAGAUUUUUAGAAAAAAUACUACAUUGGUGAUGCAUUUGCAGUGAUGUGGACGUUGUACCGGUCUGUCGUGGUGAAGAGAGAGCUGAGCCGGAAGGCAAAGCUCUCGAUUUACCGGUCGAACUACGUUCCUACCCAGGGGCGCAGAUAGGAUUUUGAAACUGGGGGGGACAAAGUUCCAAUGUACCCUCCCCCAAACACACACACACACACACACACACACACACACACACACACACACACACACACACACACACACACACACACACACACACGCACA